AUGACUUUUUAUUAUUAAGGCUGCUAUUAUGAAAACGGCUAUUCCUCCUCCUUACUACUAAUUACCAAAUAAACCUGUAGAGGUGUUUUGUUAAUUUUAUUAAUUACUGAAAAGUCCUUAAGAUUGACUCAUUUAUUAUUUAUUUUAAUAUAAUAUCAAAUAAAUACAUUUUGA